AUGCAGCUUCAAAUUCUUGCGGGGACCCUGCUGCUGGGCCGUCAAGCUCUUGCAGUGCCAGCUCCACUAACGACUGGCAAAAGCCAUGUCCCCAACAUUGACUCUUUGGGUACUCUCCAGGCCCUGAAGUAUAACGACUUAGGCCCUCAGAAUAAUGGUACAGCCGCAGUUCUUGUCCAUGAUCGUCUCUCGAGUUUCGAAGCAGAAGCCCGGUGCCAAUCGAUUGGAGAAAGACUUUACCAAGCGCAGGAGAUCUCACAGGUCAACAGCACAGAGCUAGCAUACCAGCUUGACUAUCUCGUUCAUGUUCAGGACGUCCAGCCCAAUGAAAGGUUAUGGGUUUCUCAGGCUACUCACAACGAUUGCCGCGCCUUUUCCCUUGAGCAUAAGAAGCUUGUGUCGGUGUCCUGUGGCUUUCAAUUGCCCGCUCUGUGCACCUCCAGUGUUCCCCCUACGACGGACCAGGAUAGAACAGCUGUGAACUCAUCCAAAAUCUCCAUUGAAUCCGAUGGGUAUCGCAUGACUGGCUACCGUGACGGACGGUCGUUUCGCUUUUUGGGUAUUCCUUUCGCCGAUGCUCCAGUGAAAGAUCUGCGCUUUGCACCACCGCGCCCAUACUCCGGGCCCCGUGAUAUCGAUGCAGCGAAGAUGGCCAACUCCUGCAUCCAAUCCGUGUCAGGCUUUGGCACCUUGGAUAAUGGCGGCAUAUCCGAGGACUGUCUCUACCUGAAUGUCUACACCCCUAUCCUCCCUGCGAAGACAACCAAGCACUCUAAGCGCAAGCCUGUUGCAGUCUACCUCUAUGGAGGUGCGUUCACCGAGGGGACCUCAGCGAUGGUGGACUACGAUGGAGGCAACUUCGCCAGCCGCAACGACAUUGUCGUUGUCACGCUCAACUACCGCGUCGGCGCCCUAGGCUGGCUCACUAUCGGCAACUCAACGACCGGCAACUAUGGUAUCCGGGAUCAGAUCAUGGCCCUGAAAUGGGUCAAGCAGCACAUCAAGGCAUUCGGUGGAGAUCCUGACCAAGUCACUAUCUUUGGCCAGUCUGCCGGUGGCCAGAGUGCGAUUGCCUUGCUUUCUUCGUCCGCAGCCCAGGGCCUCUUCAGCGGCGCCAUCGUCCAAUCCGCCCCUGUUGAUCUGCCUUGGUUCACGCGCGGAGUCUACACCGACAUCGUUACCCCUCUCAUCUCCAGUGCCGUAGGCUGCAAUGGGACCACGUCUGAGAGCACUCUACUCUCUUGCCUCCGCUCUGUUCCAGCGAGCAGGUACCUUGACAAUAGCACGGAGUUUGAGGCCGCCACAGCCGCUAGCGCUAAAGCCCUCGCUACCGGCUGGCUACACUCCAGCGACCUCCUCGCAUCCAUCGAGCCCAUCCUCCCAAUCGUCGACGACACCGGAAGCGGCGUCAUUGACGAUCAAUUCCACACCCUUCUCGCGGAGGACCGCCUCCCCAACCGUGUCCCCGUCAUUUUCACCACCGUGGCCGACGAGGCAGCCCUCUACGUCGACGCCGAAGUCACCCAGAGCAUGGGAUCUUCCGAAGUGGCUCUGGCGGAGAUCUUCAGUCUCGCCUACCCUUCGUCGCUGGCGAAAGCCCUGAUCGCCUCCGAUGCCUUCUCCACGAACCCCAACGCCACCGACAGCGUCCGUAAUGUCGCCGCCGAUGCCCUUACCCACAGCGAAUGGACCUGCCCGCAAUCCUACCUGUUGAACCUGGCCACCGCCAACACAACCACCAACACCACCCUCCCCGAGAAACAAUUCCCCCACCUCUACCAAUUCUCCGUCCCACAAGGCCACAUCCAAACCACCGUCGGCACGCCCGCCAUCUGUUCCCCCAACCAAGACAAGAACGCUACUUGCCACUCCUCGGACGUCCUCCUGGUCUGGGGCACGCUGAACAGCAAGACCCAAAAUGUCGCCCCCUACUACGGCCCCAUGGACAUCCAGCACUCGCAGCUCCUGAACGACAUCUUCGCCUCGUUCUUCCGCACCCGCAACCCGAACCCCGAUGUCGAGGCCCUGCAGCUCCGCGGCCCCGCCUACCGCUACUCGUAUGAGACCUUCGGGGCCCGCGGCUACCGCAUGCCCGAGUACCGCGGCAACGAGGAUCCGGUCGUCGCGUCGCUAGGCGUGGUCCCGGGCGUCACGGUGAACCCGGGGCGGACGGCCAAGUGUAGGGUCUUCGAACAGCAGGGGUUCACCUUCCAGAAGGCGGAGUUGACCGUUUAG